AUGGCGUCCAACACCGCACCGGCUACAUACAAGCAGCCUAGUCGGAAGGGCAAGAAGGCAUGGAGAAAGAAUGUCGACAUCACCGAGGUCCAGUCUGGCUUGGACGAAUUACGCACAGAUAUCAUCCAAGGUGGACCUGUCAGUGAAAAGCCUGCAGAUGAACUGUUCUUGACAGAUGUCGCUGGAGAUGUGGAGCUCGAAAAGACGCAGCGCAAGCAGAAGAAGCUGAGGGUCGACGAGAUAUUAGCGCAACGAGACUCCAAGGUUGAAGCAUUACAGCCUGGCCGCAAGAGGAAAGUGGAGGAUCACAGUGGAAGCGGCGUUGGUGGGAAGAGAGUGAAGGGUAAUGGGGAAUAUGUGUCGCACAGAGAAUUACGGCGGUUGAGGAAUGUGGCAGAUGGCGCUGGAAUCGGAGUGCUGGCAGAGGAGCAGGCUUCGAAUGAUCUCUGGGGAGCACCUGAUGCGGCCCCACCAGAGGAAUACAGCUUUCUGGAGAAAAAGAAGGACAAGGUGGCACCAAAAUCGUUGAAGCAAGCUCCCAAACCGCUCACUGCCAAUGGCAAGGCUGUAGCAGCAGUGCUGAAGCCGAAUGCUGGAAAGUCGUACAACCCACUUCUAAAUGACUGGUCGGCGCUUCUGGAGAAAGAAGGUCAGGCUGCGGUGGAUGCUGAGAAAGCUCGUCUUGCGGCUGAGGCAGAGCAGGCCGAGCGAGAAAGGAAGGCAGAAGAAGAGGCAGCGAAAGUGGAGGCGCUAGAGAAGGAAGAAUACGCGACCGACUACGAGAGCGCGUGGGAAAGUGAGUGGGACGGCAUCCAGAGCGAAGCGGAACAGGAGAUUUAUACACAGAAGCAGAAGGGCCGCAAAACUCCAGCGGAGCGGAAUAAGGCGAAGGCGAAGAAGGAGCGUGAGGCAAGGGAGAAGUGGGAGAAAAAGCAGAAAGAGCGGGACGUGCAAGAGAAGAGGAUAAAAGAGAUCGCCAAGCAGGUAUCUGCGAACGACAAGGAGAAGAAGCUAGCGAAGCGAGACGUUGACAUCUCGUCUGAGUCGGAUGAGGAUGAGGCAUCGCAGCUUGCUAAGAGGCGAUUUGGGAAGCUUUCUGUCCCAGAGGCGCCGGUUGAGGUGACUUUGCCGGAGGAUCUCAACGACUCGCUGCGACGCUUGAAACCAGAGGGCAGUUUGCUUACCGAUCGAUAUCGAAAUCUGCUGAUCAAUGGCAAGUUGGAGGUCAGGAAGAAGGUGGGACAGGCGAAGAAACCGCAACGGCAACGAACUGAGAAGUGGACCUAUAAGGACUUCAAGUUGAAGUAAGGACCGCUAUCGCAGCACGACUGGCGGCAAACACACUUUCGGUAGUCCUGUUACGUGCUUCGCCUCACAAAUUCUGCCUGGCUCGUGCCGACCUGGUGACAAGUUUACCGCAGUCUGAGCUCCAUGUUCCUUGCUGAGAGGUGCCGGUCUGGUGACCACUCUCAACAACGAGCUCAUUGAUUAGUGCCGUAUAGCCACUCUCCACAUCCCUCGCUCUAUAGCAUGAGUCUGCCGUCGAGAUCCAGAUCAUAAAUGUUAUCCCAUUCUUGAUCUGUAGGUAAUCCACGGAUACCGAUCUUACGAAGCUCUGCGAGGAUCUGCCUCAAAUUUCAGUAAUCCAAAAUUCUCGUUG